UGUUUCCCUGUUCUAGUCUUAUCAUUAUUAUUUGCAAUGUUCAAUUCUUUUGAAGGCAAUUUUAAAACACGCCCAAAAAUAAAUCUUGGAGGUCAGAGAGUGCAAGAGGACAAAUCAACUCUUAUAAAAAAGAAUAAAGAACAACGUCGUGAACGAGACAACGAGCGUUUACGUCAGAAAUCAGCUAUAAGGAUCCAGGCAUUUUAUCGUGGAAGAAAUGUAGCAGGAAAUUUGCGUAAUAAAGAACGUGCCGUAUGGGAUCAAAAUGCUGAAUCUAUUUUUCGUGCAGCUCAUACUAAGUGGGAUGUAAAUGCCGCGGCUUCUUUGGUUGAACUUGUGCGCAGUUUCCUCUUUUUUUAUCGUUCAACUCGUGAUGCUCAACGCGAACUAUGCUUGUGUCAGAUUUUAUGGAAGAAGAUGUUCGAUGUUGAAACAAUAUUUGUCCCAUUUUAUUACGAAGAUUUGCGCAAUACUUGGUUUCAUCAGUUGAAAAAACUUUUGCUUAUAUUUAUUAAAAGUGUCGGAUCACAAUCCAUAAAUCGUGAUCACGAUAUAGUUGAUUACUUAAAUACUUUACUUUUGGCUGUGGAUGUCAAUAAGUAUAGACAAUUAGAAGAAGGUGGCAGAAAAAUAUCAUUAGAACUUUUAAAAUACCUUGUCAACCAUGGACUCUACCUUGAAUUAAGAAAUCGAUUGAUAAAUUUGGAAAUCGAAAACAAAGAUGAAAAUAAACAGACAAUCAUGUUGAUCAUAAGCCUUUCACUUUAUCCAUUCCAAAUCAUACCCACUUCUGAUCCUGAUUAUGCUUUUGCCUACGAAUCUUCUCUUAAAGAUUUCAUCACAUAUAUUUUUACCAUACCACUAUUGGCGGAUCGUGUCGAAGCUUUGGAGCUUCUUUCUUCAGAAAUGCCAUUAUAUGAUAUCAUAUCAGUAAUAGCCAGUAAUGAUUGGAAUGCUGAACAAGGAAGUAUUUUAUUGAGUAAUUUGCUGGCCUUUACACGUCUUGAAGUUAAUAAAAUGAACGAUUCGGCAUUGCUUGCCUACUUGACGGUCCUUCAACGCCUAUUUUUACGAAUACCAGAUCAUUUACUUGCAGACAGGACAACAUCAAAUCGUCCAGAAUCAUUUGAUGAACCACAAAUUGAUCCGAGCAUUCUAAAGUGGAUUUCCGUCUUAAUCGACGAUAAACAUUUGGGAUCUGUUUUGGCGUUUGCAAG